CGGCUCUUUGAACCGGCUCAAUGAACCGGCUCGUUCGCGACCUACACAUCUCAAGCCUCAGUUCACUCACUGCAGUGUUUGCUCGACGUGUUAGCAAACAUCUAGCUAGCUUUAGCUAUCUACCCAAGACUUCCAUUUUGUCCGAUUCCUCUUUUUCCAGGUACCCGUCGUGGAGACACGUGUUUGCUGCUAGCAGAGCUAUGAAGGCGAGGAAGAGACCAAACAUCCUGCUGACAGGAACCCCUGGUGUUGGAAAGACCACUUUAGGAAAGGAGCUAGCCGAGCGGACAGGACUGAGCUAUAUCAACAUAGGAGACCUGGCCCAGGAAGGAAACCUUUAUGAUGGCUAUGACGAAGAGUACCAGUGCCCGAUUUUGGAUGAGGACGGGGUGGUGGAUGAGCUGGAUGAAAAGAUGGUAGAAGGUGGUGCGAUUGUCGACUAUCACGGCUGCGACCUGUUCCCUGAACGCUGGUUCCACAUCGUCUUUGUCCUCCGCACAGACAACACCCAGCUGUACACACGGCUAGAGAACAGGGGUUACACGGGGAAGAAGCUGCAGGACAACGUGCAGUGCGAGAUCUUCCAGACCAUCUACGAGGAGGCCAGGGAGGCCUACAGCGAGGAGAUCGUCCACCAGCUGCACAGCAACACUCCCGAGGACCUGGAGCGCAACCUGGAGCAGCUGGUUGAGUGGACUGAGCAGUGGAUGAAGGACCAUAACUAGAAGCAUCCACUGGCAGGACUGUCAACAAAAACUUAUUUGGACAAUUAAAAAUGAAUUGUAGUUGUUUGCCAAUAUGCAUUUAUUUUUCAUAGAUUUUGCCAUCAUGAAGACUGGUGAUAUAGUCAGAGUCUCAUCACUUUCUUCAGUGGCUUCUUUUACCUGCUUCUAGUUUGCAGGGAGUACUGCUGGGCCAACUCGCUCUCCAAUGGUUGGACUGUAAAGGGCCAGUGUGUAGCAUUUAGGGAGAUCUACCUUACAUUAGAAGGAGACGUUUAUAUCUACAUAGGGAGCGGGUCCUCUUUAUGGAGUCCGCUAUGUUGCACAGCCGUGUUUCUACAGUAGCCCAGAACGGACAAACCGUACACUGGCUCUAGAUUCGACGUUUUCGCAUCGGCCACCGUAGUUCUCCUACACAGUUGGCACGCUGGGAGAAGUUUCACUUGUUUGUAAUCUGCAACCUCACGGCAAGAUGCCGCCAAAUCCUACACACUGGACCUUUUUUUAAAGCAGUUGAUAGUUGUCCUUUUAAAAACUGUAACAAACACCGGGAUGUCUGACACCAGAGGUCUGAUUACCCAUAACAUUAUUUUUUGACCAUUUCAAACUAGUGUCAAGUCAAAACACUCAUGUACUGCUGCAUUUAUGUCAUACUUUUUUUAUAUAUAUAAAUGGCCACAGGGAAACAACAUUGUCAGCAUGUCCUAGUGAUAAUUACACAGUAGUUGGGGCUAGAUAUCAAAUCCCACUGAGUAUUGACAGAGGUCAAGUAACAAGAACAAUGAACCUUAUUUACAGAGCACUUCUCUAAAUGUUAUAAUGUGUUAUAAUAAAAUACAUAAUGAAAAGUGAUGCUGUAACUGGGUAAAAAUGAUAAAAUAUGGGGAAGUAGAAUUAACCAAAAUCAGAAUAAAGUGUUUUGAAAGAGGA